UUGACAUUAAUGUAAACAAUCAUAUCCGCGUGAGUCGGUCACCUGACGUGACUUAAAAGUGGGGGUGUGUACAUUUUCCUGCAAUAUUUAAAUUUCAUCACUACUCAGCACAUCACAUUCAUUUCCUGACCCUGAAGAGAAAGUAGAAAAUGGCCACGGUAACAAACCCAGGCAUUCCGUAUGUAGGCGGUAUCCCCGGGGGUAUGAGAGAUGGACGUCAGAUCGUAAUUAACGGCGUGGUCCCCCACCAUGAACACAGUUUUUCCAUCAACCUUCAAACCGGACCAAACAUUAACCCGCGGUCCAACACAGCUUUACAUUUUAACCCUCGUCUGAAUGAAAACUGUGUGGUCAGAAAUCAUUAUCAGCACCAUAGCUGGGGAGGGGAGGAGAGGGGAGGGCACCAGCCCUUUCAGAGGGGGAUGCCCUUUGAGGUCAUUAUCCUCUGCCAGCAUCACCACUAUAAGAUAUCUGUGAAUGGUAGACAUUUUUGUGAUUUCCGCCAUAGAGUUGAGAAGCAUCACGUGAACACUCUGACGAUAGAGGGCGGUGUACAGAUUUACAGCAUUCGAUUUGAUGGCGCACAUGGACACGGAGUAGGGGGAUUUCUAGGCCGAGUGGUCGGAGAGAUAGCGAAGGCCGCCAUGCCCAGUCCGCCUCCACCCGCAGGAGCCUACUCUCCCCCCGGGGGAGCUUACCCUCCGGCCGGGGGAUACCCAGGAGGAGGAGCCCAACCAAUUUACAACCCCCCGGUUCCAUUUACUACACCAAUUUCUGGAGGGAUUUUCCCGGGGAAAAUGAUAUUCAUUAGCGGCGUGCCGCAUCCCAAUGCCGAAAGGUUCACCAUUAACUUAAUGUGUGGACCGUAUGACGGAAGUGACAUCGCGCUGCACUGUGACGUACGACUCCGAGUUGGCGGCGACUUUAACGUUGUCCUGAGGAACUCUUGUCAAGGUGGUGGCUGGGGGUCGGAGGAGAGACACAGUCCCUACUUCCCCUUCAUGCCCAACGCCAACUUCGAUAUGAUUAUCAUGGCGGAACAUGACAAAUUUAAGAUUGCCGUGAAUAAUCAGCAUUUGUUGGAGUUCAGACAUCGCCUUCAGCCCCUGAACCGGAUCGACACUCUACAGAUCAAAGGCGACGUCCGACUCACCCAAGUUCGCUUCCAGUAAUUCAAUCUUAUCGACAUACCAGGAUUGAUUGCAUUCAUGUAGAUUUUCCAAAAGAUACUUUUAAGUGCGGACUGAUUUUAAAAUUGAUCAAGUAUUAUGCAUUUUUAUUGUGAUUAUUUUUUAUCAGUGAAUAAAGUGUUCGUUAAAGAAUACUGCCAAGCUGAAAGAAACUACAAAAAUGUAUUCGUUUUAUGAUAUUUUAUACAAUUGGUAAUUUUAAAUAAAUGCGUGACGUAUGU